AUGGGGAAAAUCGCAAAGUUGGAGGCUGAUUUGGUUGACGGAAGGGAAAGAGAUCGAGAAUUGGAAAGGAAAAUCGCCGAGACGAAAAGGAAGAACGACGAUCUCGAAGCACAAUUAAGCGAGCAAAAUACGGAAGUGAGAGACGGAAAAGCCAAGAUUGGGGAGCUCGAAGGGAAAAUCAACGCGUUGCAGAGCAAAAACUUUGAUCUCGAAACCCAAAUAGAUCGUACGAUGACUUUCUUGAAACGGGAUGGAUGGUCGUAUUUGGCAAAAACCGCUUCUUGGUACAAGGUUAUCGAUCAAGGAAUGACAUUUGAUGAAGCGGUGGCAUAUUGUGCGAGUCGAAAGAGCCAUUUAGUCUCCAUUCACAGUCAGGAAGAGAACGAUUUUGUUUGCGAACUCGCGAAAACUGUUGAUUCCUUGAAUUGGUUCUGGAUCGGAUUGAAGAGAAAUCCGAACAAAGGAAAUGCUUUGGAAUGGACGGAUGGAAGUGCGGUGGAUUUCACGAAUUGGAGAUCGGGAGAGCAGGAUUCGUACACCCACGCUGCGAGCAAAAACUCUGACCUCGAAACCCAAAUACAAUUUGAAAGAGAAAAUAAAACGGCCGAAAUCAUGAAGUUGCAGGCAGAUUUAAAUCGAACGAUGAAUCUCUUGGAUCCGGGUGGAUGGUCUUAUUUGGCAAAAACCGCUUCUUGGUACAAGGCUUUUGAUCAAUGGAUGACAUUUGAUGACGCCGUGGCAUAUUGUGCGAGUCGAAAGGGCCAUUUGGUCACAAUUCACAGUCAGGAAGAGCACGAUUUUAUUUGGAAACUCGCGAGAACUGUUCGGUGGCAUAGUAGUUUCUGGAUCGGACUGAAGAGAAAUCCGAACAGAGAAGAUGCUUUUGAAUGGACGGAUGGAAGCUCGGUGGAUUUCACGAAUUGGAGGGUGGAAGAGCCGGAUUCGUACACCCACGCUGCGCUUUGGAGCGGCCAUGGGAAAUGGGGAGCCUAUGCUCCUACCAAUCUGUAUCGUUUUAUCUGCAAAAUGAGCUCUCAAUUC